AUUCGCGUUCUGGGCGUGCCAAGUCUUGGGGCUAAGUCCCGUGUUGAAACUCAAAUCAAGUUAUGUAUUCAGUUAUUAUCACCUACUGGUACCAAAGUACUUAAUUGGUCUUAUCUUCGAUUACCUGAAUGUAUGUUAGCAAGGUCAAAAUUACGCAAAACUCAACAACAAAAGUUAUUGGAUGGAAGUGUAGCUACUAUGGUAUCUGAUGAAUCCAAAGUGUUAAAUUUGGAAGCUAAAGUCAUUUGCUCCACAAAUACUUCAAAAGCUGUUCGCAUGUGUCCUGGUUGUGUCAGACGUGAACGCAAACGAGCUGAACGCACUAAGGAUGGAAAACCUCGUUAUGAAACUGAUAUCAUUUCUGACUCCAAUGAAUUAGAUCCUCAACGACGUGCUGAAGAUAUUAUGGAAAGGGAUCGUAAUCGUAUUCUGUUAUUCAAUUGUAGUCCUAUGGUCAACUUUAGUUCUGGUGAUGCUAUUUUACCUACUCGUAUUACUUGUUAUUGUCGGCACCACAAUGAAAAAGUUGGAUUCAGGAUUCAAUUUGUCAUGCGAAAUGAUCAGGGAUCUAUUAUUGCCAAAGGAUGCUCUCCACCUAUCAUGAUUACUGAUGAUCACAAAAGUUCAAAACAACGCAACAACACUCCAUCACGUCGUGGAUCCCUCUCUGACAACAACAACAACAACAAUAAUAAUAGUAAUAUAGUAGCAACACCAUUACAUUUAAAUCCAUCAGCCUCUUUUGUCAUUCCUUCAUCGACAUCAAAUGACAUGCCUUUAUGGCGAUCGGAUUAUACUCCUCAACUGGAACGACUCGUGCCAUCACAAGGUCCAACAUAUGGUGGUGUUGAAGUGACUGUAUUGGGUUCAGGAUUUUACCGAGGUUUGACCUGUCUCUUUGGUGAACAUGCUGCAAGUACUGUUUAUUGGAAUCCAAACACGUUGGUCUGCGUGUUACCUCCUGCUGCCACUCCUGGUCCCGUUGUUGUAUCUUUCAAGGAGCAUCCUAUUGUAUUGGAAGGACAAGAUGUGGCUCUCUUUACUUAUUAUGAUGCAAGUGAUCAAGCUUUAUUAGAACUGGCCUUACAGGUGGUGGGAUUAAAGAUGACUGGAAAGUUACAUGAUGCAAAACAUAUCGCUAUGCUUAUUGUUCGGGGUGAUCAACAACGAUCACAAUCACAAUCACAAUCACAACAGCAAAAUAUAGAAUCUAUGGAACAACCAAUCGACGGCAAUGAUGAUGAUAGUCAAUCUACCUUUACAGACACUUCUGAUGCACAUGAUAUGAUGCAUACCAACCCUAAUGGACAUACCAUGUUACAUCUCGCAGUUUUAUUACGUUAUGGUGCUCUGACCAGAUUAUUACUCGACAAGAUAGAUCGACGUUUGAUUGACCAAGCUGAUCGCAAUGGAUGUACAGCGCUUCAUUUUGCAUGCCUUCAGAAUAAUACUCCUAUGGUUCAACUUUUAUUGGAAGCUGGUGCUCAACCAACGGAAACGUGUAGCAUUGGAUCAACAUUAGAAUUGACAACCGACAAUACCAUCAAGUCAAUGUUACUUGAAUCACCAUCAUUAUCAUCAAAAUCAAUUGAAUCUUCACCAUCAUCAUCAUCAACAACAUCAACAUCUCUUUCAACACCAAGACGUCUUAGCUUCAAAUCUCAUGUUCGACGAUUCUACUUUUUGAAACAACAGCGAGGUGAUAAUACAACUGAUAAUACAAACCAAUCUAUUGAUACACUGGAUGAUAAUGGACUUGGAUUUGUACAAUAUAAAAGUGAUCGUAGAUUAUAUUUAUUCUGGUUACCAUUAUUGAUAGGUAAAAAAAAAAAAAAAAAAGGAAACAAUUUUAUAUUGACAAUGACCUUUUUAUUACUAUUAUUAUUUUAG